UAGGUUUCUACCUGUGUUCAAACGCUAACAACUGAAAUGUGGUACUGGCAGCCUUUUAUACAAAUACGAGAUAAAAAUACGCGAUAAUAUACCAGCGCUUAUCUGUAGCGAAUAAAAUGUUCAUCACAAUUCCGCGAGCGGACUCGAAUCAUAGUCUCGUACUCUGUAUCCUCCAGAUUUGACGCCGGUCAUUUUUUAGAUAAGUUUGUCUUCUGUGUUGGAAUUGAAACUGUGAUUUAAUGUGCCAUCGACCUCUGCGGACCAACUCCCGAUAUCCGAACUAAAAAUCCACCAAUGCCUAAAUGGAGGAUCGCAAAGAUGCCGAGGCCAGGAAAUACAACACGAAAACCCACCCUUACUUAAAAGCUAAUAUUCUCUCGAAAAUAUGUUUUACAUGGAUAGUUCCCCUUUUCAGAAAAGGUUUCAAACGAGACUUGGAAGAAGAUGAUCUUUAUCCCGCUUUGUCGGCCCACGACUCCACCUACUUGGGCGACAAAUUGGAACGGGAAUGGGAAAAAGAAGUGAAAAAUAAGAAGGACCCUUCUUUAUGGAAAGCCUUAAUGAGGGUAUUUGGAAAACAAGUGGCGGUUCUUGGAGUCGCGUACUUGAUUAUUGAGGUCGUCAUUAGAUUGUCGCAGCCGUUGGCUUUAUCCAAACUCUUGGACUACUACGACCCUGAUUCAAAAAUGUCAAAGGAAGACGCUUACCUCUACUCCGCUUUCAUAGUACUGUCGUUUUUUGCUUCGGUCGUGUGUCAGCAUACCUACAUGUUGCAUAUUUUCCACCUGGGUAUGAAAAUCCGGGUGGCUACCUCGACGAUAGUUUACAGAAAAGCGCUUAAACUUAGCAAAUCGGCUUUGGCGGAGACCACGGUAGGACAAAUGGUAAAUUUAAUCUCGAACGACGUCGGCAGAUUCGAAUUAGCUACCACGCAUAUGCAUAACCUAUGGUUGGCCCCGUUGGAAACGAUUGUGGUGUUGAUACUUCUGUACUUCUUCGUCGGACCAACCGGUUUAGCAGGAGUCUGUCUAAUGCUUGCAUUUAUUCCAUUCCAAAUGUGGAUGGGAAAGAAAACAUCCAUAUACCGUUUAGGGACCGCAUUGAGAACAGACGAAAGGAUCCGUUUGAUGAACGAAAUUAUUUCCGGUAUACAAGUAAUCAAGAUGUAUACCUGGGAGAAACCGUUCGCCAAGCUCGUCGAAAUCAGCAGAUGGAAGGAAAUUCAACAGAUCCGGAAAAUAUCCGUAAUCAGAGCCAUCAUGAUGUCCUUUAACCUUUUCCUCAGCAGAGCCGCCAUCUACCUCUGCAUGAUGACCUACGUUUUGACUGGAAACAUAUUAACUGCGCAGUACGUCUUUGUCACUUCGUCCUUCUACGCGAUUUUGCGUAACGUCGUCACCAUGUUUUUCCCGCAAGGUAUUACCCAGUUAGCCGAAUCCAGUAUAUCAGUGAAGAGAAUUAAGCAGUUCUUGAUGUACGAGGAAGUGGAAUUUGAUUCUAGCGCGACUUUCUUGGACGGUUUCCAAACCAAAGAUCAACUUAAGAAAACGCAGAACGGGACCUCAGUCAAGGACGGACCGAUCGGAGUCCAUUUGAAAAAUGUCUCCGUACAAUGGUUAAAGAAGCACGAAGAGAGUAAUCUUCAAAAUAUUACCAUGGAAGUAUCUUCCGGGGAAUUGGCGGCAGUGAUAGGACCGGUGGGUAGUGGCAAAACCACCCUGCUGCAUGCCAUACUGAAGGAACUGCCGCCUACUACGGGCACUGCAGAAAUAAAUGGUAGAAUUUCUUAUGCUUCGCAGGAGCCUUGGCUGUUUGUUGGAAGUGUUAGACAAAAUAUUACUUUCGGACAGGAAUUUGACUCCGAAAAAUACCAACAAGUAGUUAGAGUUUGUGCUCUGGAAAGAGACUUCUCCCUGUUCCCCUACGGGGAUCGCACUAUUGUUGGAGAACGCGGCGUUUCUCUAAGUGGAGGUCAAAGAGCCCGCAUAAAUCUGGCCCGAGCGGUUUACAAAGAUGCCGAUAUUUAUCUAUUAGACGAUCCCCUAUCGGCUGUAGAUACCCACGUAGGUAAACACUUGUUCGAGGAAUGCAUUUCUGGGUACCUCAAAAAUAAAUGCGUUGUUCUCGUGACCCACCAGUUGCAGUAUUUAAAAAACGUCGAGAAGAUUUAUCUAUUCGGACACCAUACAAUCGAAAACUCUGGCACUUACGAGGAGAUCCAGAAAUCUGGAACCGAUUUUACCAAGCUCCUCGAGGAACUAAAAGACGUAAUGGAUGAAGAUGAGUCCGAAGAAGAAGACGCAAUUCCCGAGGCUGAUUUAGAACCAGUACGGAGGAGGAGGAAAUCUACGAAAGAAGUGAUUCCGAAAAACGACAAAGAUCCUUCAAUAGAAAAGGAAGGACGAGGACAAGGGACAGUCGCGCUCACUGUUUAUAAGUCGUACGUACUGGCUGGAGGUCACUGGUGUAAAAUUAUUGCUCUUUUCGUGACAUUUGUCGUAUGCCAAGUAACUGGUAGUUUAAUAGAUUAUUACUUAACUUGGUGGGUCAAUAUCGGCCAAUUGGCGAAAAUCACUACUACCAACACGACCAGUGCAGCAAACCUUUCCUCUUCAGUUAACGAUACUUCACCGGCACAAGAAUUUCUCCCGAGCAACGAUAGUUUUGCAAUAAUUAAUGACACGUACGUUCCUUUGGAUGAAUUCUCUCGCGAAUUAACGUGGUUCCAAGAAUUCUGGUUAACGCACAUGACGCAAGAGAUUUGUCUUUCGAUAUACAGUUGCUUGGUCAUUUCGGUUAUUACUUUGACAUUGACGAGAUCAUUGUGGUUCUACCGGUGUUGUAUGCAGGCAUCCGUCAGAUUGCACAACAAUAUGUUUGAGAAAAUCGUAUAUGCCACUAUGAGAUUCUUUAACACGAAUCCGUCGGGAAGAAUUUUGAACAGGUUUUCCAAGGAUAUGAAUCAAGUAGAUGAAGUGUUGCCGAUGACUCUUUUGGAUACCACUCAAAUAUGUUUAAUGGUUUCUGCCAUAAUAUUGGUGAUUUCCACCGUCAAUCCUUGGAUGUUGAUACCUGCAGUAGUGAUUCUCAUUAUAUUCUAUUCAAUCAGAGUGGUAUUCCUGAGAACUAGUAGAGAUCUUAAGAGGCUGGAAGGAGUGACAAGAAGUCCAGUUUAUUCCCAUUUGACCGCCUCACUCCAAGGUCUAACGACAAUCCGCGCUUUUGGGGCGCAGGAAAUUUUAAAAGUCGAGUUUGACAACUACCAAAACAAGUACAGCUCAGCGUAUUUCAUGUUCGUCGCUGCUAAUAGGUGUUUUGGUUUUUGGUUGGACAUGCACUGCGUGUUAUUUAUCACGUUGGUAACUUUCAGCUUUUUGUUAAUUGGGACAGAAACUUUCGGUGGCACUGUGGGUCUGGCCAUUACCCAGUCGUUUAAUUUAACUGGUAUGCUCCAAUGGGGCAUGAGGCAGUGGAGCGAAUUGGAAAAUACAAUGACCUGCGUAGAAAGAAUAAAAGAGUAUGCCGAUGUUACACCAGAGAGUGACGAGGCCACCCAAGAUCCGCCGAAAAAUUGGCCAGAGGAAGGAAAUCUUAAAUUCGAAAACUUAUCUUUGAGAUAUGCCGCAACGGAACCGCUUGUUCUAAAGAGCUUGAAUUUUUCAAUAAAGAGUAAAGAGAAGAUAGGUAUAGUCGGCAGAACUGGGGCUGGCAAGUCGUCCAUAAUAGCAGCAUUAUUUAGGCUCUCUGAUAUUGAGGGUAGAAUUCUAAUUGACAACGUGGAUACGAAAUCAGUUCCACUGAAUAAAUUAAGAUCUAAAAUAUCUAUAAUUCCACAGGAGCCUGUACUAUUUUCUGGUACCUUAAGGAAGAAUCUGGAUCCUUUCGAUGAAUACAGUGAUGAGGUCUUAUGGAACGCACUUGAAGAAGUUGAACUCAGGAAGGCCGUUUCAGAGCUACCACAAGGUCUAGAGAGCAAAAUGUCAGAAGGCGGUUCCAAUUUUAGUGUCGGUCAAAGACAGCUCGUGUGCCUUGCGAGAGCUAUAGUUAGAAAUAAUAAAAUACUUGUACUGGAUGAAGCGACCGCUAAUGUGGACCCACACACUGACUCUUUAAUUCAAUCCACCAUUAGAAGAAAGUUUUCAAAUUGCACAGUGUUAACAGUUGCCCAUAGACUACACACCAUCAUGGACGCAGAUAAAGUGCUUGUUAUGGACGCCGGUAAGGUGGUGGAAUUCGCAGCACCACACGAAUUGUUACAAAACAAGGAAUUCGGAGUGCUCUAUGAAUUGGUACAGCAGACUGGAAAAGCUAUGGCUGAUAAUCUUAUGUUCAUCGCAGAGGAGAGCUACAGAAAAUCACAAGAAGAACGUGAACGGAAUAGCAAGGAACACGAAAGUUUGUAAAAAAGUUUAAGGCGUCCCCGAUUUAUGUAAAAUUAAAUUAUUUAUAUGUACUUAAUAAAUAAUAAAAUCGAUACGCUUACUAGAU